CAGCAAUGACCCGUCUGUCAUUUUCCGUUUUCGAUUUGCCUUUUGGUACACAAGUGAACCCAUACGUCAAUGCAGUAAUUUAUGUAGAUUUUUCUAAUUACCUCAAUGGAUUUUCGUGAUUUUCACCAAUGUUGUCGGUGACUACAUUUGUGAAAUCUUGAUAAUCCGAUAGAUGCAAGAAAUGUACUCUGGAAGUGAUUCUAACGAGUCUCAAAAAUACACGCAAUGGCCUCUCAGUGCAUCAGCCGGCAAUGCCGGUUAUGCCCCUUCGGCAGGAGAGCAGGUGGACUGGGCAGCACUGGCACAACAAUGGAUCAUCAUGAAAGAAGCAGGCCCUCCUCCACCUGUUCCUGGAGAACAACCUGUACUUAUCAAUAACAAAAAGGACAAGGGCCAAGAUGAUGCUGAAGAAGGCGGUGAGGCCCCAAUGGAAGUGGAAGCCGAUCGCGGAGAUUCCGCGUGGCAGUCGGCUGCGUCGUCCGCCAAUUGGACUUGGCCUCCCGCCAUGUCCGCCCAAGGUGCAUGGUCGAGCGCGUGGGACAACGCCUCAGCUUGGGGGGCCCAGGCGGCAGCUGCCGCUCCACCGGCACCGCAUAUCUCCGGAUCUAGGACGCCGCUGCUACCCACUCCUGACGCUGCGGGGACAUCCAGGGGGUACAACACUGCAGCUGGUGCAGUAUCUAAUGCAUCAGUCGACGGCAGCAGCGCAGCUAACAGUUACUGGACAGCAAAUUCUGCUGCUUCCGGUACUAAGCACAUUCGACCUCAUAAUAAACGUUAUAGCAAGGUUAAUGUUCCAAUCAAGGCUCCAACUCCUCUACCCCCAGCUCUUUUGGGAGCGCCACCAAAUGAGUCUUUACGGCAUCAUCACAGGUCUGCUAUAUCCUCUGACGUCACAACGCCUAGUAUGCCAGUUUUAGAUGCUAACAAGAGAAAACAACUACCGGCCUGGAUUAGAGAAGGUCUAGAGAAAAUGGAGAAAGAGAAAAUGAAGCAACUUGAGAAGGAGAAACAAAAACUAGAGAGAGAAGAGACCAUGGAGAAAAAUAAGCAAAAUGAUCAGGAAACUAUGGAAAUUUUGAAAAACACAAUGAAAGAAAGGCAGAAAAGCAGAUUUGAUAGCGACGAGGAUGAAGAAGAGAAAAAAGAACGCCAGAGAGCAAGUAGUCCUGAACCAGUUCCUUUAACUCAGGACGAAUUGAUGAUGAAAGUGCGUAGGACAAUGACUGAGAUUCUUCUGAGAGUAACAAACUCGCUGAUCGAGAGUGUGUGUAAGGAAGAACGUAAUCGUUACCUCAAAAAACGCAAAGCUUCAGAUCAGCGUCAAACAGCGCCACGCGGUGGCGUCUUCCUAAGCGCAAAACUCGGUUUGGGUGCUUACGGGGACGAUUCCAGCAGUAACUCUGAGGAAGAAGAUGGAGAUUCGGAUUCAAAAGGCGAUAGAGAUUCAGACAGUGAGCUCAGAGACACAAUCAAGAGGCGUCAGUCUGAUUUCGUGAGGACUGAAAGGGAAAUAGAGGAACGUCUAGAAGAGGCAGAGAAACAGAAGGCAGAGAGCCCCAGCAGAUCGUCUACGCCGGAUUCUAACGAUAACGAAACACAGGUAGACUCAACCAGACUCCAAGAGCUCCAUCGAACUUCAGCAGAGAAGAACUUCCAGAAGCCGAACAACAGCAACGGCGAUGCUUCAGACGAAAAACGCCAAUUAUCUCCUGAACCAUCCAGAUCUAGAUCGCGCAGCCUAUCUGAACCCUCCCGGUCUUCUUCACCGUCUGUGGUGAGCGUAAAAUCGAGCGAGGCUCAAAAGAAGUCUUCCAGGAAGAAAUCCACCUCUUAUGAUUCGGAUUCGUAUGAAAGAAAGAGAAAGAAACAGAGGAAGAGUAAGAGUAGGAGCAGAAGUAGGUAUAAAAGCAGGAGUAGAACUAGGAGUAGAAGCAAGAGUAGGGGACGGAGUAAGAGCAGGAGUCGCAGCCGUGGGAGAGAUAAGGAUUAUAAAAGGUAUUCUUCGGGAUCGUCCAAGAGAGAAUCCCGGGAUUCAAGAGAAUCUAGCAGCAGAAAAAAAUCGUCCAGGAGGAGCAAAACACGGUCUCGCUCAAGGUCUCGACACUCUCGCUCUUCCUCAAGAUCUUACUACAAUCAUCGCAGUUCCCGUAGACGAAGAUCAAGUUCUCCGCCCUCUAGUAGAAGCAAGAGGUCUAAGCGAACAAAGUCGCGUAGCCGUACUCCUAAAAGUAAGCGCAGAAGCACACGAUCCAGGUCCUAUAGCAGGGACAGAUACAGCAGCAGUAGGACCAGCAAAAACAGCAGGUCAUCUCACUAUAAACACCGUUGAAGGUGUGGAUUACUAUGGCUGGGAGUAUUCAAAAGCAAAUUGUGUAUAUUAUUAUACUAUAAUAACCUGUUGUAUAUAUUUGGUUAAACAUUCGUUGAAUUCCUUAAAGCUGUACAAAAUAUCUUCUAUAUGUUUUGGAUUUGUAAUGCUAUUACAUUAGAUGUACUGUGGAUCAAACUACUCAGUAUCGUCAUUAUAACGUAAUUGUAUUUAUUGAAUCUGAUUGAAAAUGAUUAAACUUGUUUUCAUAUCUUUACAGUAAUUUUCACGUUAUGUUUUUAAUAAUUAGCCCAAAAUUUACAAGAGUUGCAACCAAAACAUCACAUGCUAGAGAAGUGCUUCCACAUUGGAAGUGUUUUAGAUUGAAAUUAUUCAUUUUCAAUGUUUCCAUGAUUUGAUCCAUGGUACAUCAAAACUUCAUAUCUUCCACUUGUAAAAUAAAUAUAACUAAUCUUAUAUAUAGACCCAAAUAAAUAGCGAGUUUUUGAGCCUACAAAA